AUGUGCAUAAAUAUACAUAAAGGGAGUCCAGACCAGCAAAGGAGAAGAGACCAUAGAGUAGUCAAGCAGCGGCCUUGGGGUAAAUGGGCUGCCGAAAUCCGUGAUCCCAAUAAGGCUGCAAGAGUCUGGCUUGGAACCUUUGACACUGCAGAGGCUGCUUCUUAUGCUUAUGAUGAAGCAGCGCUAAGAUUUAAAGGUAACAAAGCUAAGCUCAAUUUUCCUGAAAGAGUGCAAGGAAAAACCGCCUGUUACCUAACAACACGUCGAGAUUUGCCAGUAGUUUCUGAGUCGACUACUCAAACGUAUCGGCCUCUUUCUCAAGAAAACCGCUUCAAUGUCCAGAAUUAUGCAGAAUUUCUCCGUAGAGGAGAUGACAUAUCUGUUGCGUGUUUUAUACAUAUUGUAACGAGUAAUAUGGUGAACCUUUGA